GCAACUUUUGAGAAUGAGUUAGUGCUGAAGCAAUAGUUAAUACAUCACCUCUUUCACUGUCUUAGAGAUUUCACCGAAAAAAAUGGUUUCAGUUUUACCAGUGCUUCUUUUUUGCCUGUUUCUUCAAUGCACACCAACCUACGUUCAAAAUCCUUGCAUGAUUCAGAAUGCUACUGUUGGCGGUCCAUUCAACCUAAUUGUUAAUCCACAGUAUUACAUGGCAAAUACAGAAUAUAAUGUCACCAUUUUGGGAAUUGAAUCAGACACUAAAGUGGCUUUGUCAGCUGUGAAGAACAAUAUCAGCUUUGGUUAUUGGAAGAACAAUUCGCCACAUUGUUUGGGUAUUUAUGCGAGUCAGACUUCACCAAGUGACACCUGGAUUUCACCAUCAGUUUUGUCAGCUACUGUGAUAUUUAGAGCCUAUAUCAAGACAGUGCACAAAACAUAUCUUCUAACUAAAAUGAUCAGCGCAAAUUCUAAUUCUGGAGCUGGGACCACGGCUUCAUCCAAUACCAGUAGCAACAUGACCACCGCUUCACCCAAAGUCAGUGUAACAACUAGCAACAUGACCACCGCUUCACCCAAAGUCAGUGCAACAACUAGCAACAUGGCAACGGCUUCACCCAAAGUCAGUGUAACAACUAGCAACAUGACCACCGCUUCACCCAAAGUCAGUGCAACAACUAGCAACAUGACAACCGCUUCACCCAAAGUCAGUGUAACAACUAGCAACAUGACCACCGCUUCACCCAAAGUCAGUGCAACAACUAGCAACAUGGCAACGGCUUCACCCAAAGUCAGUGUAACAACUAGCAACAUGACCACCGCUUCACCCAAAGUCAGUGCAACAACUAGCAACAUGACAACCGCUUCACCCAAAGUCAGUGUAACAGCUCGCAACAUGGCAACGGCUUCACCCAAAGUCAGUGUAACAACUAGCAACAUGACCACCGCUUCACCCAAAGUCAGUGUAACAGCUCGCAACAUGGCAACGGCUUCACCCAAAGUCAGUGUAACAACUAGCAACAUGACCACCGCUUCACCCAAAGUCAGUGUAACAACUAGCAACAUGACCACCGCUUCACCCAAAGUCAGUGUAACAGCUCGCAACAUGGCAACGGCUUCACCCAAAGUCAAUAUGACUACCACUGGUGCAAAGAUGAACAGUACCACAAAUUCUCCUGUCAGCAUUGUGACUGUGAAUACCUCCAGCCUUUCUAGUACCAGAACAACCACCAUGAAGAUGAAUGUCAUCUCAUCAAGCACCAUGUCAGCUACUGCCGCUACAGGAAAUGCUGUGAGCACCGUCAAAAUUUCAGGUGGAAUUGUCAUUACUUUGACGUUCUUAGUAUUUAUAGCCAUUGAGCACACACUUUCACAAUAAAAUUAAUGUCAUAUCUGUGUAAUUAUUUACUUGCAGACAUAACUAUCCGAACACAAUUUAUGUGAUUUUGCAUAUUAACUCUCCUUGAUGUCAUACAGUGGUGGCCUUAGAAAUGUUGUUUGGAAGCACCUGGUGCUCUUUACUUUCUUUAAUAUGCUGUUAAAUUCAAUCGAUAAGUGCUGAACUGUGCUUUGCCCUGUUAUAAAUUGCAGUUGAUGCUGAUUUCCUAAACUAACUGGCAUAAAGAAAUGUGAAACAUUUUUUUCUUGUUACACUUCUGAUCAGAACUUAUUAAAUGAAUAUACUUGUUCUGCAUUUGUUAAUUCAGAAGUUCAGCCAACAACUGUCAAUAUGUCAGUGUGGGACUACAAGAAUGUCAAGUUACUUUGUUUUGUGGGAUUUUUAUGGCUGUUUGUUGCCUUUCUUUUGACGUUAGUAAAUUGUAUAUAGGAUGUACAAGAUACCUGCGCUGUAGUAACACUUCCAAAAUAUUGAAAACUUAUUGGUCAGCUGUUGAAUUAUGUGACUACAUCACUUGGUUUUGAUGAUGAGUCUCACUUAAUCAGGCAGCACGUUAGAUGAUCCGUUGGCGAUGGAAACCAAUAUUUGGCCUCUGCUAAACAGUGAAGUCAAACAACAAGUUCAGAGGAAGCCUGAAAAUUACAAAGGAUAGAUUCAGCCUUAAAACAAAAUUUGUGACUGGCUUGUUUUACUUAGACUUCUUCAAGAUCCAGUCCCAUCCUGACUAAUAGAUUAAAGAUCAAGUUGUUUGAAAUCUUUUAAAAUGAUCUUUGCAUUCAACAUAUCAUUGACUAGUGGAAUAUUCACAUUGAUUGGAUGUAAUGCACUCUGGGUAAAACAGGUUCUGUGGGAUGUCAUUCUGAGUUAUAACAGUUCUGACACUUUAACAAUCCACUUUAACAAUCACAGUCUAAGAAUAAGGAGCAAGCCAUUCAGGACUGAGAUGAGGAGGAAUUUCUUCACUCAGAGAGCUGUGAACCUGUGGAACCCGCUCCCACUGGAAGCUGUUGGGGCUAGUUCAUUAGAUAAAUUCAAGAAGAAGCAGAACAUGGCCCUUGUGGCUAAAGGGAUCAAGGGGAUUGAGGAGAGUCUGGGAAUGAGAUACUGAGAUCAGCCAUGAUCAUAUUGAAAUGGUGGCACAGGCUUGAAGGCACAAAUGGCCUACUUCUACACCUGCUCCUAUUUUGUAUGUUCCUAUGCUUGUUUGCGUAUUAAGUGCCACUAAUGUAAUUACAUUUUAUUUGACGUCAUUUAUAAGAGGUAAUCCUUUAAAAUAAUCUUACAUUCUCAAAUUAAUAAGUACCAUCAUGACACACAGUCCAUUCUGAUUCCAAAAUUCAGACAGUGCCAUAGAUAUCACGUGAAAAUCAUUCACUAUUGAUUUAUUUUCUCAGCUUUCAUUCUUGCUCAUUUUCAAUGCUCAUUUGUUGCUUGAAUUGGUUUGCUCAUCCCUUGUCAGCGCUAUCUUAAUUGUUAUUUUUAUUGUUUUUUGUGCAUUUGAUUGAACAAAAUACUGCACAGCUCAAAAUAUUCCAAAAGCAGCAAUAUAUUUGAAAUUUUAUACAUGUAAUGAAGAUUUGUCAUAUCUGAUAUCUGUAGUUC